AUGGCCGUCUGCGGAUACAGUCACAUAUUCGUGGCCAUCGACAAGUUCACAAAAUGGAUCAAAGUCAAGCCGGUGACAGCCGCCACAGCAGCCAAGGCAGCCGAGUUCAUUGAGGAGAUAUCACACCGAUUAAGGGUGCCUAAAUGGAUCAUCACAGAUCUGGGUACUUCAUUCACGGGCUCCGAGUUCUGGGACUACUGCCAAGAAAGCUACAUUGACGUCUACUAUGCCUCCGUGGCGCACCCCAGGUGCAAUGGCCAAGUUGAAAGGGCCAACGGCUUGAUGCUCCAGGGGCUCAAAGCCAGAAUUUUUUACCCGAUCGAAAAGUAUGGUGCAAAGUUGUUCCAAGAACUACCCAGAGUAGUUUGGGGACUACACACACAAAGCCGGGCAACCGGCUACUCGCCAUUCUUCAUGUUGUACGGUUCUGAAGCAGUCUUGCCAUCGGACAAUGCUUUUGGUGCUCCGCACAUCCAGAACUAUGACGAGAACGAAGCCGAAGCAGCUCGAUGCACCGACAUCGACUCCGCAGAGGAGCACCGCCUAACGGCCUCCAUCCAGCAUGCGAGAUAUGAACAGCAGCUCCAGUGCUACCAUGAUCGCAACAUUCACGAGCGCGACUUCAAUGUCGGCGACCUAGUUCUACGACGAAUCCAGUCGACCACCGGCUCUCACAAGCUGUCUUCCCCAUAG